AUGGAGUCCAGCCUGGCCCUCCUGCUAGCCCUGGCCACGGUGCCCUUCCAGCCUGGCGGCGGCCAGUCCCUUCAUGUGGAUCCCCCUGAGCCUGAGGUAGCGGUGGCCAGGGGCACAUCCCUCCAGCUCACCUGCAGCCUGUCCUGUGAUGAGGACAUAGCCCGGGUGCAGUGGCGUGGACUGGACACCGACCUGGGCAAUGUGCAGAACCUCCCUGACAGCAGCAUCCUCUCUAUACACGGCAUGCUGACAGACACAGGCACCCGUACGUGUGUGGGCUCCUGUGGGACCCGCACCCUCCAGCACCGCACGAUGAUCCUUGUCUAUGCCUUCCCAGACCAGCUGGUGAUGUCCCCAGAGACACUUGCACCUGGACAGGACCAAGAAGUGGCCUGCACGGCCCACAACAUCUCAGGCCCAGACAGACUCUCCUUCGCCCUGCUACUGGGAAACCAGACACUGGAGGGUGUCCGGGCCCUGGAACCAGAGCAAGAAGAGGAGACACAGGAGGCCGAGGGCAUGCCGCUGUUCCGAAUGACGCAGCGCUGGCUGUUACCCUCCCUGGAGACCCCUCCCCCUCCUGCCCUUUACUGCCAGGUCACCAUGCAGAUGUUCAACCUAACGCUGACCCACAGGAUGGAGCUUCCAGUCCUACAGAGCCGGACCUCACCAGAGCCCACCACCACCACCUCUACCGAGCCCUACUUUGUGACCCCAUCACACACUACUGAGACCAGCUCCACUGGGCUCCCCAGCACAACCCUGCCAUCUACCCUUCCUCACUCCGCACUUAGCCCCAGGACUCUGAACUCCGCUGGAACCUGCCAUCCCGAGAUCCACCAGGACCAGGAGGCCGGCUGGCAGCUUCUCUGUGAGGCGCGCUGUGAGCCUGGAGUGACUGUGCGCUGGACCCUGGCUCCUGGCGACCUGGCAGCCUACCACAAGAGGGAGGCCGGGGCCCAGGCAUGGCUAAGCAUGCCACCCCCAGGUCCCAUUCCUGAGGGCUGGUUCCAGUGUCGCAUGGACCCAGGGGGGCAGGUAGCCAGUCUGUAUGUCUCCGGCCAGGUGGUCCCAAAAGCCUCCUCCGUCAUCACCCUAUGGAUUGGCAGCUUGGCGUUGGGACUGCUCGCGCUGGCCUUCCUUGCCUACCGCCUGUGGAAAUGCUACCCACCAAGUCCUCACCCAGACACCAGCUCAUGCACCCUCCUAUGA